AUGUUUGGCAUAAUACGGCGAUUCUCUAGUGAAGACACCGACGUCCACCAGAGCCAAGACGGCCAUGGCUUCCCACCACGCCACAAGGACGGCGUGCACGACGUCUUCAACCCGCUGCGGCCCACGGCCAGCCCGUUCCGCCCCCCGCCGCUCGACCCCAUCGUCCUGCGCGGCUACAAGGACAGCACGCCGGCCAACUCGCGACUGCUGAGCCACGCCGUCGCCGAGGAGAUUCGCACCAUGGUGCCCGAGCGGCUACGCAUCACCGAGGACUGGCACCUCGUAUACAGCCUCGAGCAGGACGGGUCGAGCCUGAGCACGCUGUACCAAAAGUGCAAGUCGUAUGAAGGGCGGCGCGUGGGUUUUGUCCUGGUUGUGCAGGAUCAGGAAGGCGGGACCUUUGGAGCAUACCUCUCCGAGUAUCCGCACCCGUCGCCGUCGUACUUUGGCAACGGCGAGUGCUUCCUGUGGCGCGCGUCGACGCUGGUGUCGCUGCCGCCGCCGCCUUCGGCCGACACGACGCACAUGACACGCAGCACGACACUGGCGGCCGGGCCGGUGCCGCCGCCAUCAUCACGCCGCUCCGGCGCCUCGACGCCCGGCUCCCUCGAGACGAUUCGCUUCAAGGCCUUUCCGUACAGCGGCCUUAACGACUUCUACAUGCACUGCGAGACCGGGUACCUGAGCGUCGGCUCGGGCGGCGGCCACUACGGCCUCUGGCUAGACGACUCGCUCGACAUCGGCCACAGCGCCCUGUGCGAGACAUUCGGCAAUGAGCCGUUGAGCGACGUCGGCCACAAGUUUAGUGUUGUGGGCGUGGAGCUCUGGGUCCUCGGCGCGUAA